CCCAGGCCUGCGCUGGUGGAUCUCCCAGGUGCCGAAAUCUCGUGUGUCACCCUCAGGCCUUACUCCAGACACCCAACUCCUCUUUCCUUCACGUCACCAGGGCCAUUCCGCUCCGAACUGCAUUUCCCAGGAGGCCUGGCCGCGUAAACUAGCUUUCCAGAGCCUUACUGGACGUGACAACUACUUUUCCCAGACAGCUUUGCGGCUGCCGGCCCCGAAGACUAAGGUUCGAGGACUCAUUUUGCAGCGGAACAGAAACCCAUCUCUGGCGUCCCGGAGGCCUUUGCGCCUGACAGGCGACCACGCUUCCCAGAGGCCUCUGCGGCGCCGCGACCGGAAGCGGCGGGCGAGCCGAGUGUCCUUGCGCGCGGAGCUGAGUGAUCAUGGUACCUCGAGUGUGGUCGCUGAUGAGGUUCCUCAUCAAGGGCAGUGUGGCUGGGGGCGCUAUCUACCUGGUAUAUGACCAGGACCUGCUGGGGCCCAGCGACAAGAGCCAGGCUGCCCUUCAGAAAGCCGAGGAGGUGGUCCCCCCUGCUGUGUACCAGUUCAGCCAGUACGUGUGCGAGCAGACUGGCCUGAAGAUACCCCAGCUCCCAGCCCCUCCAAAGUUUAACUUUCACAUACGGGACUACUGGAAUUCAGGCAUCAUCAAGGUGAUGUCGGCUCUGUCUGUGGCCCCCUCCAAGGCUCGAGAGUACUCCAAGGAGGGCUGGGAAUACCUGAAGGAGCGAACCAAGUAGCCUGUCAGAGGAGGCUGCCUGCCCCAGGUGGGAACAAGGCACCAUGGACACCAGACUUGGACCCCAUGCUUGAGGGCAGCUCCCAGCCUUGCCGGCUCAAUAAAGGACUUGGAAAUGUU